ACGUGUUGUGCCUGCCGUGGUCGUCCUUGUUUCUCGCCUUUGCCAGCCUUUGGGUCGGAUGUGCCGCGUUCAUGGCUCUGCACCGGAUAGUGGCGGUUCUCUGGGCCGUGCUGACACUCCUGGCGUACGGUGCUGCUGAUCCUGCCGCCAGCUGUGAGGGUCAGACCAGCUGCGGCGCCUGCCUGACGGCUCACUACAGAUGCGCCUGGUGCCGCUCGCCGGCGUUCGGCUACAGCCGGUGCAGCCAGCUGGCGGUGAUGUCGCGCCUCUGCGCCGCCGACGACAUCGUGUCACCCAGCUCGGAGGCCGAGAUCGUCGGCGACGGAGAGCCCUCGGACCAGUCCCCCUCCCAGCAGCCGGCGCAGCUGGCGCCGCGGCACCUGCGGGUACGGCUUCGCCCUCAUGAGCAGUAUGAAUUCGAGGUGAGGUUUCGGCAAGCAGAAGACUACCCUCUGGAUCUGUACUACCUCAUGGACCUUACUUACUCCCAGUGGGACGACAAAGACAAGCUGGAGACCCUGGGCAAGGACAUGGCCAUCACGCUACGUAGCCUCACCAAAAACUUCCGCGUCGGGUUCGGCAGCUUCGUGGACAAGCCGGUGAUGCCGUACGUGUCCCAGGUGCCGCAGGACCUGCAGAACCCCUGCGCCAUCUACGGCCGCGAAUGUGUGGCGGCGUACGGCUUCAGGAAUCACCUCAACCUCACCAAUGACGUGUAUCGCUUCACGGCGCAGGUGAGCGCCGCCAGGGUGUCAGCCAACGUGGACGACCCGGAGGGCGGCCUGGAUGCGCUCGUCCAGGCCGUCAGCUGCUCCGACAUCGUAGGCUGGAACAAGAGUGCGCGCAAGCUGCUGAUCUACUCCAGCAACGGACUGUUCCAUCUGGCUGGGCAGGGCAUGCUGGGAGGAGCUGCGAAGAGGAAUGACAUGCGGUGUCAUCUCGACGAAAAGGGCUUCUACACACUGAGUACGGUCCAGGACUAUCCAUCCGCGGAAGAAUUGGAUGGCCUGCUAAGGAGCGAAAAUAUGAACGUGGUCUUCGCCGUGACCAAGAAGUAUAAAGAUCGUUACGAAAAACUAACAGAAAUCAUGAAAGCCAAAGUGGAAGUUGAAGAACUGCUUGAAGACUCGUCCAACAUCUUGGCUGUAAUCAAGAAGCAGUAUGAGGCCAUCACGUCACGGAUCGAGCUGCUGGACGACGCCGACGCCGACGUCCGCGUCCGCUACCGCUCCAGCUGCCUCGGCUCGGACGUGCAGGAGCGCAACAACUGCACUGGCAUCAAGACGGGCGACCAGGUGUCGUUCAUGGUGAAGCUGGAGCCUCUUGGCUGCCCGGCCGAGAAGACUCGGACCAUCUACCUGAAGGACGCGCGGAGCUCAGAGGCCGUGCGGGUGGACCUGGAGGUGCUGUGCACGUGCGACUGCGAGGCGCCGGCGGCCACCCGCGCCAACAGCUCCGAAUGCAGCGGCGUUGGCAGCCUGCAGUGCGGGGCCUGCGUCUGUCCGAACGACAGGGCGGGCCUGCGCUGCGAGUGCUCGCAGGGAGUGCAGAGCGACACGUGUCGGCCGGCUGGCUCCCCGGACCGCAGGGUCUGCUCCGGCCGUGGGGACUGCAUCUGCGGCCAGUGUGUGUGCAGGAGCAGCGACAACCCCGGCCACAAGGUGUCCGGCCGGUUCUGUCAGUGCGAUAACUUCUCCUGCGACAGGGCGCCGGACGGCUCGAUCUGCGGCGGCGAGGAUCGCGGCCUGUGCGAGUGUGACCAGUGCGUAUGUCGGCCCGGAUGGACGGGCAACGACUGCGCGUGCAGUAACGACACGCGGCUGUGCGCGCCCGUGGACAGCACCAGCGGCCAGGUCUGCAACGGCAAGGGAGACUGCGUCUGCGGCCGGUGCCAGUGCUACACCACCGAACAGGGCAGGUACGCCGGCCUGUUCUGCGAGGACUGCCCCACCUGCCGCGGCCUCUGUCUCACCUACCAGCCGUGCGCCCAGUGCCUGCUGCGCACCGGCUCCGUCAGCGCCUCCAGCUGCAACAGCAGCUGCCCCUACGUGCUGACGCUGCAGGACGCUUUAGGAGAUCCCGAGAAGGGCACCAUUUGCCGGUUUGAGGACGACGUCGACGGCUGUUUCUACAGCUUCCAGUACUAUUCGGAUGCCGAGGGUCGCGCCAUCAUAGAUGUUCUUCGCAAGAAGGAGUGCUUCGAAGUGGACGUGCUCGCCAUAGUGCUGGGCACGGUGGGCAGCGUGCUGCUCGUCGGCCUGCUGACCGUGCUGCUGUGGCGCCUCUUCACCUACCUGAAGGACCGACGCGAGUACGCCCGCUUCGAGCGCGACCUCGGGGACGCGCAGACCAGCAACCUGCAGACCCUGAACGCACUCUACCAAACCCCCGUCACCACUUAUGUGGUGCCCAACCGAAUGAUGAGCACGUUCAGGGACGCAGAAUGAGCUGGAAGCGAACACAGAGUGUCGUGCAGUGGACUCCACCGGCCUGCAGUGGAGCUUGUGUCGACUUAGGUCGCUGCGUUGUAGGCUUGGCGAGAGGAGGAUGUGCUUGCCCUUGGCGCACAUUCCACCAGAGUCGGUGGCGUGCUUCUAAUGAGCGCAAACAUGCCUGACGCGCCACGCCUUCGCACAGCUGGUUGGGCGAGAAUCAUAUCCUGUUUCGAAAAAGGUGAGAAAGUGCGACAUGGUGGUGCUCGGUGUGCUAGGUAUGACCGUGCCACAUCCGUUCGGGUAGAAGGAAGCUAAGAGUAUAUUCCCUCUUUUUGAGUCACACUCAGAAGCGGUGUUACGUUUCAUUCCUCUCGAGUGUUGAAUGGUAGGAUUGCUGUCUCCUAUGAAUAUGCAUAUCCUAACCUAAAUUUGGACACAGUUUUCUGCCGCAGCACACUUAUUACACCUCAGGCACACUGGGCCGUGUUCACGUCUUGCGAAGUAAAUUUCCUGCUCAAUCGGAUGGGCUGUCACGUGUCGAACACGUGACAGCCGUAGGACGCGGGGUGAGGGGUGACGCCGUUUGCAAACUGAGUAGUUGGAGGUGCUUGUAUGAGGCGUGGUGCGCUCUUUUGGGCAUUGCAUGAUUUCAUGUAUCAUCAUGGGAAGCUUCAUGCAUGUAAAAAUAAAAAAUUAGUCUACACAUAAUGAGCCCAAAUUUUACGUGCCGUUUUAGUUCUACGAUGUAGUGCACUGGCAGAUACAAAAGGCAGACGAAAGUCAUCACGGCUUAAAAAAGCUCCCCCUCGGUUACUUUGUCGCCAAGCGGAGCAUAACAAACCAUGGCGUUUUCCUCCUACGCUUUGAUGUAUUCGGACACUUUCGAAUCGAAUACAGUAUCGGAGACAAUCGAAAAAAACGAGACUGACGAGAAAAUCGUGAUGCUAUUAAAGCCACAGCAUU